GUGUGUGAGAGUGUGCGCGGGGCCCGCAGGACCGGGAAGGGGGAAGCUCCCUGAGGCUUCGCUCCCAGAUCCCUCUUCUAGCAAGGAAAACGGGGCUCCGGGGAGGAUACAUUGCGAUUUGGGAAUGGAUCGAAUGAAAAGCUUGUUUUGAAAAAUUUUACUAAAGAGAGGAUCCAAGAUCAAGUGGGUGUCCCCGAGUGGGUGGCUGCAACGAGACUCGCAUGCUGGAGAAGCUGCCCCUCUGCGGGAAGGCCUUCGCCGACAUGAUGCACAAGGUGGACGUCUGGAAGUGGUGCAACCUGUCCGAGUUCAUCGUGUACUACGAGACCUUCACCAACUGCACCGAGGUGGAGACCAACGUGGUGGGCUGCUACUGGCCCAACCCCCUGGCGCAGGGGUUCAUCAGCGGCGUCCACAGGCAGUUCUUUGCCAACUGCACCGUGGACAGGACGCACUGGGAGGACCCCCCGGACGAGGUUCUCAUCCCGCUCAUCGCUGUGCCGGUCCUGCUGACCGUGGCCAUGGCCGGCCUGGUGGUGUGGCGCAGCAAGCGCCCUGACCAGCUGCUGUGAGGCUCGGCGGUCAGAGGGGCCGCGCCUGGAGAGAGGGAAGGCCGGGCCGGGGGCUGGGGAGCCGCCCAGGACCCAGACCCGGACCUGGCGGUCGUGGGCAGGCGUCACCAGGCCCCGCAGCUCGCUGCAGUCAUGCUGCUCACCCAGGCUCUUCCUCUUUCUUGGGCUGGGGAAGAAAACGCACCAAGCCCGGAGCCCGAAUCGCUGCUGCUGUGCCCGCUGCCCAGGCUGGGUGUCCAGGCCAUUCCUUUGCAGAGCCCUGCCUGGCCCUGGCCGGGCCUCCUGCCCUCACCC